AAUAAGAUAGAUACCAAAACCUUCCUUAGGAGUUAAGAGGAGAGACUUUUCAUUGUCUCCUCAAGUGCAAUCUGCUGAGAGCUCAUAGAGAAAAUCUCAGUUACGGAGCUACUGAUUUGAGGGUGAGCGAGAGUGGUGGAUAAACCCUAGAUCGGAUUUCGAUUUCUGGGUUUCUUCAACUCCUUUCCAGAAGAUUUCGCUGCACAGACAGAACGAGAAGAGAAAAACACACUAUGAAUAGAAACCCUAUCUUGGAUCCUACUCUUCAAGAGAUUCUCCAAGUGAUUAAACCCACACGAGCUGAUUGGGACACGAGGAUCACCGUUAUUGAUCAGCUGCGUAAUGUCUUACAAUCCGUAGAGAGCUUAAGAGGUGCUACUGUUCAACCGUUUGGAUCCUUUGUCUCAAACCUCUUCACAAGAUGGGGAGACUUAGACAUCUCCGUCGACUUGUUCAGCGGCUCGUCAAUCCUGUUCACCGGAAAGAAGCAGAAGCAGACUUUACUUGGACAGUUACUUCGAGCAAUGAGAGCUUCAGGUCUAUGGUACAGACUGCAGUUUGUCAUCCACGCUCGUGUUCCCAUUCUGAAAGUCGUGAGCGGGCACCAGAGAAUCUCUUGUGACAUUUCGAUUGAUAAUCUUGAAGGGCUGUUGAAGAGCAGGUUCUUGUUCUGGAUCAGUGAGAUCGAUGGGAGAUUCCGCGACUUGGUUUUGCUAGUGAAGGAAUGGGCUAAAACACAUGAUAUCAACAACCCGAAGAACGGGACUUUCAACUCUUAUUCUCUCAGUCUGCUAGUCAUCUUCCAUCUUCAGACAUGCGUGCCUGCAAUAUUGCCACCUCUAGGAGAGAUAUAUCCGAGGAGCGCCGUUGAUGAUCUGAAAGGUGUGAGAAAAACUGCAGAGGAAAGCAUAGCGCAGCUUUCUGCUGCUAACAUAGCGAGAUUCAAAUCAGGCUCGUCGAGAUCAGUCAAUAGAAGCUCCCUCUCUGAGCUUUUGGUAUCUUUUUUCGCAAAGUUUUCAGACAUAAACUUGAAGGCCGGAGAGCUUGGUGUUUGCACGUUUACUGGAAGAUGGGAAAACAUAAGUAACAACACUAGAUGGUUGCCUAAGACAUACUCACUCUUUGUUGAAGAUCCUUUUGAGCAACCGGAGAACGCAGCGAGGAGCGUGAGCCGCAAAAACUUGGACAGGAUAGCGCAAGUUUUCGAGAUGACAUCGCGCAGACUCGCCUCAGAGUCUAACAGAAACUCCAUCGUUGGUGUUCUAACAGCGCCACACAUCUCAGAGUCUUUGCUCAGAACAACAACAAGCCUCCUUCAAAACCAUCAUCAUCAUCAUCAUGCAAACGGUGUGCGCAAUCCACAUAAUCAGGCUAGGCCAUGGAACCACCAGAUGCAACAGCAGAACUGGUCGCAGAGCAACAACACUAUCCAGAACCCACCGUACUGGCCUGCACCUGCAGGGCCCAGACCUCACCGACCGCAGCAGAAUUGGUCUCAGAACAACCCCAGGAACAUGCAGGGACAAGCAACACCUUUCCGAGGGCAAAGGCCUGUCGUAAUGACACAAACUCAAACGCCUCAGCAGCAGCAGAAGAGUCAGUAUAAGAACGGGAAGCAACCAAUGAUGAGUAAUGCACCUUCAGGUUCUAGUCAGAGUCAGGUUCAUAUUGGUAAGCCACCAGGUCACAUCAAUGGUGUUAGCUUUGCAAGACCGGGUGCACCGAUAAGUCAAAGUCAACGCGGACAGAUGUGGAGGCCAAGAAGCUGAGUGGUAGUAUGAGUUGUGCAGACUUGGUCUAAAGACCUAUCCUUAACAUUAUUUUGGACGAAUAUUUGUAUUAUUCACCUUGGUGAAAACUUGUGUGCGCUUUUUUCUUUUCUUGAUCUUUUGUUACAAUCAGUGAUUAGGUAAAAGUUUUAUUCAAAUUU